UAGACGCCUUAAGAGGUGAUCGCUCGUGAAUGGGUUGCCAGUUUCUUAAUGGCUAUGACCGAUCUAUGCAAAUAAGUGUCACCCACGCUCUCUAUUGAUGGAUCCAUGUGGGAUAGACAAACUUGCAGUUGUGACACUCUCGGCGCCUUUAAACGGAAUGUGAAAGGGUUGAAGAGAAUCACCGUCAUCUCCUAGUGUGAAGUUGUGAAGAUAACCUAUGACCUUGUCUUGACAAGCGCGAAGACUUCCAAUGCGAAAACAGACACCAAGAUUUCGGCCGACUUGUUGGAAGAGAAGCGGAUUUUUCACGCUCCUUUCGCUCCAAUAAUUGUCCAAGACGAUGUUCAUGAUAAUAGUGGUGAUCAUGAGGGAACAUCAAAUCCGGCAUUGAAAAAGAAAUGAAAUGCUUGUAUCGAUUUGGAGGGAUUUCACAAUCUUGAUCUACGGAGUGAUUGAGAAACAGUGAAGUCCCCGUCGACCAUAGUGGUCCUUUGAUACCCUGAAAAGAUCUUUCGAGGCGAUCUUUUCAAAGAGUUGGGUGAAAACAUCUUUCGUGCUGCCAUUGAGACGAAAGAAAGUUUUGGCAAACAAGUGAAGACAAAUUGAGGCCCAUUGUAUGCCAAACACACAUAAGCCCCCCAUGUGCACAUUGGUUGCACCCCAGCCUGUCUUCAAGGAAGUCAUAAUCCUUAGAUGAUUGAUUUCCAUUUCCCCAACCGCCUCACCAAACAAUCUCAUUUUCCUCUUCGACGUGAAUCUCAAGUCCUAGUGUCCCAUUAACACACUCGAACGAGAGAAGAGAAAGAAGGAGGAUUGUUGCAUUUGGAGAAGCCGGAAGCUGGCUUCCCACCCUAACGUGAAUACGAUUGUGUGGCUUCUCUCCCUUGGAAGUAGGUAGUACUAAACACUCUGGAACAUUAACAGUGGAUUUUGUGUGUGUGGUGGUGGUGGUAGAGAGGUGAUGAAGGUGGUGGACUCGGCUCACCUCAUUGCACUUCUUGUGUUUCUUGUUUGAGAUUCGGCUCAGUCGGCGCUCCGGUCUCUCUCCCCUUUGUGAUAUUUUUUCGUGGACAAAAGUGCAAAAAUCAUACUCAAAAGUAUUGGGGGAACGAACACUAGACUAAUUGGAUAUGGAAAGAGGUCCUGAACCCUUCCCAGAAUCCAAACAAAUCUUCGAAAACUUGAAGCUCCCGAAACAUACAUAUUGCCGAAUAAGAGCGGAGAAAACAUCAUACGUUCUGCAGGUUCUCUUCAAUAAGCUGACAAGCCUGAUUGUGAGAGGGCGAAGGCUAUUAUUAUUGUUAUUACAUGACAUGAAAUUUUCACAUGGCGCCUCAAGGACCAUUAGCCAGAGCUCUAGUACCACGUCUACUCCACUUGCCCUUUAGCAGUGAAUAGACAGUUCAUCUAUCCAUCGGUCGCCCUGUCCUGGUGUGGCGCAAGCAGUUCGCGUGCUAUAAAUAAAUAUUCUGGGAAAAACGAAAACUGGCGAUGAGAAUCGACUUGAAACACUUGGAAGAAGUGGAUAUCUCCUAGAUUGACCUCGGGCUGCGGGCGAACGGACGGACAUGAGGGGGUUCUUGGACAAAAUGGAUCAAAAUAUUGUGCAUGUGAAGAAGGUCCUCUGAGGGAACUUUCACUCGCUCGCUCACUCACUUCCAAGACGUAAAAAAGAUCAACCAAAAACCAAAUAUGACCGCCUGAAGAGAUACUUUCGUCUUUGACUAUGUCCAAAUUAAAUUGGAGUUGGGAAAUCUGUGGUGGCAUUCUUCUUCAUAUCAUCUUUACACAGUCUUAAUUGUACAGACUGCCAGGAUUCAUUGAAAGUAAAGAAUCAGAGAAUCAUUCUCAGAGAAGGAUCCCUCUGCAAGUAACAACUUCUGGUGACACAUUUCCAAGACCAACGGAUGAUCCCAGAUUUCAGUUGCAGAGAAGAAGAAAAAAUCGAGCAAUUAACGCGUGACCACGACAAGUAAGAAAAGUGCCGGAGAAGCAAGAGCAGUUACUUAGCUACAACUUCUGCCUCAGCCAAAACAUCUUACCGUACCAAUCCUCUUUCUCAUCAUCUGUUCUCCGCUUAUUUGGUUGCUUGGUGGCAAGAAAAACUGUUUCAAUUUUCUCACAUAAACAUUCCUUGUCGUUCAUCUCCUCCUCUCUCCAGUGAGUGUUUGGCGGGAGCUUCAUUAAAGUGCAAAACAUUCCUGUGGUCGCCUCAUCAUGCCAGUGGGGUGUCUCAGCUCAGAGCAUCAGGGUUCAAAUCCCGCCAUGGACGUGGUCAUGACCUCGUCCGUAUUGAACACAGUGGAGCAAUUCGCCUUCAUGCAACAUACACUCUUGCUCCAGAUCUUCCGGAUCAACCCGCAUCAAAACGGUUCCUUGAAUGGGGGUGUUUCAUCCCUGGGGGGCUCGAGUAGUGGCAAUAGUUGCUCUUCUCCCAAUGGACGACAUUCUUCGUCGGGAAGUGGCCGAAGCUCGGUGAUGAGUGACAUGCCACCCUGCCCAACUUGUAUAGCCUUUAGUGAUCAGUGCUGUCAGACCGACAAUGGAAUGCUGUUGUAUCAGGAAUUCCUGGAGAUCAAUCUCCAAUGCUAUUGGGAUGCUAAAUUGUCAGAGGCGCUUGCCAAUCUCAGGUACCAAGGGUAUGUUUGUCCAGGAAUCCUGGUUCUCUUGGCCAACAAUUCGUCGUUGGAACUGAUUGCAGAUGCUUGGAAGCGACGACUCUUGUUAUCGCCACCCACGUGUCGCAUCUCUCAAUUUGGCCUCUCCAAUGGAUGCGUGGUGAAACCGGUGCUCCAGACCAAUUGCAUCUCAUUACAAGAUAUAUUAUGCCUGAUUUUGGCCAGAUUGAAACAACGGAACCAGACCGCAGAUAUGAUAACCCUUUGUGACGCCGUUGAGAACGAUUGGUCUGGUGCCAAUCAAAACGAGCAUCUCAAGGAAUCCAUUCACGCCGCUCUUGGGCAGCUCAUCAAGCAAAGAAAGGUCUACUACACCGGAAAAGGCUAUUUCUUGGUCAAUCCUACGGAUGUGAGUGUGAACCCAUUGCGUAUCUUCGGCAACCGAUUCAGCCGAUUCCGUCACUCAAUCCGCGAUAAAGCUACAUUUAAUGGAUUUGGCCAUGAUUCCAAAUCGCCAAUGAUUGACCAAGAGGUCCAAACCUCGGAUAGCGUUGGGAACUCGCCUAAUGGCAAAGCUAUCAACAGCUUCGAUCAGUCUUCAUCGUCCAGCGCCUCAUCGCCCACAAGAGGCAAUGAGUCGUCACCCACUUCUUUCACCUUGGAGCGAAGCCAAUCGUUGAGAGUCUCGAAGAAGUCCAUGAGAAACAUGUCCAAAGGAGGCUCAUUAAGGCUCUCGAAGAAAGACGCCCUGAUCUUCAAGGAAGAUGGGGAAACCAUUCCUGACGCUCCUAUUCAAAUUGAAGAACCACAAGAUACGCGGAUUGCAUCACCACCAAAAGUAUUCGAGAGAAAGAACUCGUUCUUAGGGAAAUUUUUCAACAAGAAAAAGAGCCAACCCCAAGUCAAGCCCCAAAUAGUCACAUUCUCUGCUCAAUUCCCACCCCCCGAACUCCAAGUGGAAACCGGGCCUCAAACCCCGAUCUAUUCCCAAAUCAAGAAACGUGACGAGCCACAGACCGAAACCACUUCACCCAGAGCUCAGGUCAGGAAUGGUCCCAACGGGAACUUUGUCAUGUACGAGCGAGGAGGCAUGGAUCCCAAUCCUCGGUUGUUCCAAGCCAAUCCACAAUACCGCUCUAGUCCAACGAGGCCCAUGCUAACCCAAUCUGGAUGUUCCACCCCCAAUAAUGGGUCCAUUUACGGACAGAGAUCCCCAAUAUAUGGGACCGUUUCUCCGAUGUACAAUAAUGGACCAACCCGAUCUGGCGGGCCUUUGGAAAGCAUGUACAGUAACCCUCCUCCACCCAUGCCCUAUCGGCCCUCACCCCCACCAACGAGCUCGUAUCAAAACAGAGCUCCUAGUCCCGCCAUGACUCAGUACCAAAACAACGCGAACCUCAACCAAAGCAUGUAUGGCAAUGCUCGGAUGCCCGAUCCGCUCAAUAUGAACUCAUCCAACCAUCCACGCUUGAUCCAUCCUCGAUCCCCGGCCUUGAUGAGACAUUCGCCUUUAGCCAUGAGGACCACUCCGUCGCCCUCGGCAGCCGUUCCCAAUUCCUCCCCACAGGCUCCCAUUCCGAGAAGGAACGAGGUCACCCCCAACACUUAUCGAAGGAACAAUAUGUUUGGCUCUUCUGAUCCCAGUAUGGGGAGUAGUAGUAGCUCCGGUCCCAGUUCCAUUGAUUCACAGCAACCAUUGUCCUCCUCCACGCUACCAAGUCAUCGAGGAAACAACCAUUUGUACGAUGAUACCUUGGUUGUGAUCGAAAAGAGCAACCAGGAGUUGGAACUCAGGCUGGAUCGGAGCCAACCCAAUUCUCCAUUGAAAACAUCCAGGCGUCAACUGACCCAUCCAAGGGUGGAUACUAUUCACAACAAUCGAAAUCUGUCCCAGGAAGUGAUUUUCGAGAUCGAAUCCGGCUCCGAUCUCUCACGAACAUCCUCGCAAUCCACGAUCAAAAAUAAUGACAUGAAAGACAUUGUGGCUCCGAGUUAUCCCAGUCUCAAUAACUUGUCCAUCAACGACAUUGAUACGAACUUCAAAAGCCUCACGGCUCAAAAAUUGAUGGCGGGACUUAGUUUUAAUAGCAUUGACACGCUUAUCGAAGUGAACGCCGUGGCUGAUGCCAGGGGUACUAUGAAUGAAUCGACCGAAACCGUGGAUUUCGGCGUGAUUUAGAAAGAAUCCGAUCGAUCCUAGCAUUUUGUGCUUGGAAAAAUAUACUUUUAUGUGUCAUAA